UAUAAACAAGGGUUGCUCGCUUGUCUAUACAUGCGCACACCAACUUUUAUAUUUUGUACUUUCUCUUAUUUUGAACCCUUCAUUGGCAUUUUAUUGUAUUAUUCUCAACGCCCCCAUCAGUACUUUUAUAUUUAUAUUUAUCAUCACUAUCGUCAUCAACAACUCGCUCUCGCUCUCACACUCACUGCAGCUUCAAAAAAAGGAAAUACGCCAUGCCGCAUAUGCCUAUCACCGCCAAUACACAAACAACCCCUGUUUCCCCGCGGCAAAAGUCCGGAGCAAUGCUCAACCAAUCCAUAGACAACGGCAACCUGCAGUUUGUCAAACUCAUUGGCGUGGGGACAUACGGCGAGGUGUACCGUACAAUCGAUCGGCGCACCAAAGAGGUCUACGCAGUCAAAGUGCUUCCUCGUAAGCACACGCCAGAAACCUUGCAAACGCAGCAGCAGGGUGCGCCAAUAUCAGAAGAGCCAAUUAUUGAAGCUCGGCUUCUCUCGCGCGAGGUAUCUCUCUACUCACGCAUUCCGCCUCACAACAAUAUUGUCAGGCUAGAGCGCAUGUUACACACACCUGAUCAGCUUUUUAUGGUCAUGGAGAAUUGCCCUGGCGGCGAUCUGUACAACAACAUAUCGAACAAUCCAUAUUUCCACCUUCCAGGAAACGACGCGCUCAUCCGACGCUUGUUUCUACAGCUAGUAUCUGCCGUCGAGCACUGUCACACUCAUGGUGUCUACCACCGCGACAUCAAGCCCGAGAACGUACUAGUCACGCAGGACUUUCUCAACGUCAAGCUCAUCGACUUUGGCCUUUCCACAAGUAACCAGUGGUGUGGCGAGAUUGGCUGCGGCUCGGCAUACUACAUGAGCCCUGAGUGCCAGGGUGGAAUCAACAACAAUCUUGACUGCUAUGCCGCUGCACCCAACGAUGUGUGGGCACUCGGGAUUAUACUGAUCAAUCUGACCACUGGGCGAAACCCGUGGAACCGCGCGCACACUUCAGAUGCUCUCUUCCGCCGCUACCUCACAGAAAAGUCGUUCUUGUGCCAGGCAAUCCGCGCGACACCCCAUUUCGAACACAUUAUUCAUCGUGUUUUGGACAUCAACCCCAUCGCGCGCUGCACAUUGCAAGAGUUGCGCCAACUUGUGCAAAGUUGCCCGCGAUUUGUCGAGGCCCCAGCCAACAAUCACGCGCAACAAGCCUCCCCAGCUUAUGUGGUCCAUCUGGCGAAUGAUGAGCAUUUUGCUGUCACUCGGAAAAGGGAAUAUCAUGUGCAACAGACAGUCGCCGGAAUUGCAGCAGCGUUGCCCAAUACCAACAAUGGGAUGAUGUCUGCCGGAGUGGCGCAGCAAUGUCAGCAAAUCACUAGCCCUUCUCUACAGAUGCGGCUGCAUCAGUAUCAGCACCAUAAACAGCAUAGACCGGCACCCACGGACUCCAUGUCAUUUAGCUCGACAGACUCUAUAUACGAGCUGUUCUCAACGACCAACAAGCUGAUGGGUUACCCGCCGUUCUGUAUUCCAGGGAUGGGCAAGACAGGCGAUACAGUGGGUUCUAUCGCCAUCAAUAAAACAACUGCUUCUCCUGCUAUAUCCUGCUGCAGUAAUGACUUUGUCUGCGCUGCAGCCCAUGGCUUCUAAAGCCGCUGAGCUGCAUUUUACUUAAUGAAAUAAAUACUUCUGAAUACAGAAAUCGGCAUUUUAUAUUGUGGUCCUUUGUUUUGGUUUGCUUUUUUAUGCCAUGCCAUGCUUUGCUGUGCGAUUGCGG